AAGUUUUCUUCUAAUUGAAAUUUUUAUUUCUAAGAAAAACGGAUUAAAAAUUUGAAAGUAAUCUUUUAAAAAAAAUGUUGGAAAGUUUUGCUGCCUGGAUUCUAAACACCUAUAUUGGUGAUUAUUUUGGAAAUGUCAAUACACAUCAGCUUCGUAUGUCAUUGAAAAAUGGCGAAAUUGAACUCGAACAUCUUCCAUUAAAACGUGAUCUAAUAAGAUAUCUAGGUUUACCAUUGGAAGCAAAUACUGGUUUUAUUGGAAAAAUUUCGAUAAAAUUUCCAAGCUGGAGUUCAUUUACAUCCGAACCAUUAGUUAUUACUAUUGAAGAUUUAUUUCUGAUUGUAAAGCCGAUUACAAAUUUUUCAUAUAAUGAAGAAGAGGAAAAACGUUCACAACAAGAAUUUAAAAUAUCACAAUUAGAUAUGAUGGAACAACGUUGGAAAGCAUUACAUGAUGAUGAUCUAACUGAACCAAAUUCAUAUUAUUCAUCAUCAUAUUCAUCAUGGCUUAAUUAUGGUUCAUCAUUAAUUAAUAAUGUUUUAAUGAAUAUUCAUUUAAAAAUAUCAUCAAUACAUAUACGUUAUGAAGAUUAUUCAACAAUAUCUGGUUGUACAUUUGCAACCGGUAUUGUUAUACGUAGUUUAACAAUUUGUUCAACAGAUGAAAAUUGGCAACCAAAAUUUGUUACUGGACAAAAUUUUAAUAAUGAUAAUAAUUUUCUAUUCAAAUUAAUUGAUCUUGAAUCAUUUGCCUGUUAUUUUGAUGUAGAAACAUUAUUAUUUAGUGAAUUUGAUUUUGAUAUUAUGGUUGAUUAUAUGCGAAAAACAUUAGAUCGAAAUUUAAAUCAUAAAAAUAUUGAAACUGAACAUGAUUAUAUGAUUGCACCGGUUAAUGGAAAAUGUUAUCUAAAAAGAAAUUGUUCAGAAAUGUCAUUGAAAUCAUGUAAACAACCAAGAACUGUAAUUGAUGUACAAUUAGAAUGUGUACCAAUUAUGAUGACAGCUAUACAAUAUAAACAUCUAUUAGAUUGGAGUAUUGCAUUUCAAACACAUAAAACAUUAUGGCGUUAUCGUAAAUGGCGACCAAUGAUUAAUACAAUACAGAAAAAAUCUGAUGAACAACAACAAGAUAAUGAUGAUGAUGAUGAAGAUGUCGAAGACGAAGAAAUUUCAAUUCGUUAUGAAUUUAAACCGAAAACAUGGUGGCAUUUUGCAGUGAACGCAAAUCUUGAAGAUUAUCGUCAAAGACGACAACGUUUUAAUUGGCAUUUUAUUCUUCAACGUGCACGUGAUAUUGUUGGCUAUCAUAAUGCCUAUUUAUGUUAUCUAAUCUAUCCGGAAUCAUUUUCACGUGAUUUACGUUGUUUAAAAGAACGUGUUGAAAAUGAAUUUACAUUAGAUGAAUUAUGUUCAAUUCGUGAAAUUGUAUUCUGGCGUGCCAAUCAAAUUCUAAAAAAACAAUUGAAUCCUACACAAGAUCAUAAUGAAAAUAAAACGAUAACAGAACAAACACAAACAUCUAGUGGUUAUUGGUUUUUACCAUUUAAUGUUUUAUCAAAUCUUUACUAUAGUAAUUAUAGUUCAAAUGAUACGGAUCAAAAAUCAUCUACAAAUGCCAAUGAAGAAUCUGAACAACAAAAUAAUGAUUUUCAUUCGGAUAAACAUUCUAAUCCACCACUAACAUCAUCAUCAUUAAAUCUAUCAUCAACAAUAACUGAAGAUAUAUUUAUAACACGUGAUGCUAUUUAUUGUCAAUUUAAUUUUCAGAUACAUAAUUCAUCAUUUCAAUUGAUGGCAUUCAAUAAUCUUACAACAACAACAACAACGACAACAGAUCGAACAGAUAUUUCAGAAUCACCAGAUGAACAAAAUUCACAAUCUUUUUAUCAAAAUAAACAACAACAACAACAACAAGGAAAUUUAAUAUUAGAAUUUGAAUUUAAUCAGAUGAAAAUCGGUAUCGAUAUUACAAAUCCAAAUGCUUAUGCUUGUAGUUGUCAUAAUCGUGAUUAUAAUAAUGGUAAUCAUAAUUGUAAUGGAAAACAACUUAUUCUUGCAGUAACUGAUCAUCAACAACAACAACCGAAAAAUAUUUAUCUAACACAAAAUGAAUUAAAUCAAUUACAAUUAGAUCUGAAUUUUGAAUGUCAAAAUUUAAAUCUAACAUUAUUACGUACGGAUGAUAGUAUAUCGACAAUAAUAACGGAAAAUUCAAAUUCAAUGCAAAAAUUAGCAACAGCUAUAUUUAUUGGUUGUGGUUGGCAAUUUCGUUUUAGUUCAGAUAUGUUAUCUAUUGAUGGACGUAUGGAUUCAUUAGAAUUAUUAGAUCUUAUAACAGCACCUAACGUUAAUCGUCAUCGUCGUGUAUUAUCAAUUGGAAAAACUAUCGAUGAUAAUGAUAAUGAUUCAACAAUAAUUAGUAAUAAUAGUGAAGCAGAAACAACAACAUCAAUUCCAGUUGAAAAAGCAUUAAUGUUUUCAUUAUCAAGACAUAUGAAUGAAAAUAUUCUUCGUUUGAAUAUUGAAAUGGCAUCAUUUUGUUAUGUACAUUCAAGUAUAUUGGUAUAUGAACUUUCAUUAUGUAGAAAAUGUUUUAGUGAUGUACUUGAAGCAUAUUUUUCACGUGCAUUUAAAGAACGUUUUCGUGCUGCAACUACUGAAGUUUUACGUGGAAUAGUACCCGAUACUACUGCUACUGCUGAUUCGAUGGCCGAACAAUUGAAUGAUGUUCAAUCGACAACAUCACCAACACCGCCACCAACAUCGAUACGAACAAUAUCAUCAUCAUCGAAAUUAUCAUUAUUUAAAAUGCAAACAAAAUCUACAAAUCGUAAAACAAAAUUAAAAUCCAAAAAUCAAUCAAUGGCAAAUCCAUUUGUUGAUAAUUUUAAAUUGAAUGUUUUUAUUCGUUCACCGGUUAUAAUAUGUCCAAUUUCACCAUCAAGUCAUGAAGUUGUUGUAUUUCAUCUUGGUCAUAUGUUACUUAAUAAUCAUAAUCAUUCGACCGAUAUAAUACGUUCGGUUGGUCGUGAAAUGAUUGUUUGGAAACCGGCAAAACAAAGGCAACGAAAAUUCGGUACAGCCGGUAAUCAAUUACCAUUAUUAACAUCAUCACAAAAUUCAUCAUCAUCAUCAGCAACAACAACAACAACAACAUCAAGUUCAAAUAAUUCAUAUAAUGCUGAAAUUCGUGAUCUAAGUGUAUAUUCAUUGGAUUGUUCAAAAAAUAUUGAAAAAUUUGCUCAACAUUCAUCAUCGAAUCGAUCGAAUGAUUCAAAAAUUCGACAACCUGAACUUACUAUACCUGUGGAUAAACUUUAUUACUGUGAUAUGUUUGGUGUACCAAUUCUACAAAAAACUGUUAUCGAAAUUGUACUUGAACGUAAAAUUCUUUUUUCAUCGAUGAAUGAUUCUAUGACAUCGUCAACAACAACAACAACAACAUCAUCAUCAUCAUUUGUAACCACUAAUGCUACUGGUAAAAAAUCAUCCGAUUCUGUCAAUAUAGUUGAUGGACUUAAUCUAAUAAGUUCGGUUAAUAGUAUUGAUCCAUUAGUAUUACCGAAAAAAUUUUCCAUUCGUCAACAUUUUUGUUCCGAUCAAUUGCCCGCAUUUUCAAAUGAUUUAGGUGUACGACAUAAAAAUAGUAAAAAUAUGUCUACAGCAAAACCAGAAAUGGUUCUUUCCAUUGAAAUUUCCGCCAUUGAUGUACGAUUUUCCUAUACAGAUUUAUUAGUUUUCUGGCAUAUUCUUAAUACAUUAACUUCGAUUGAACAGCCAAUAUCAUCGAUUCAUUCAUCGACAUUAGAUCAGAAUAAUUCUAGUUUGAAUACAACAGUAAAACCAAAUUAUAAUGAUGAUAAUGAUGAUGAAAUGAUGGAAAUGUUACAGCAAAUAACAUUAUCUAGUUCAGGAUUGAAUGCUGAAGAAUUUCGAAGUCGAUUAAACAAUUUAAUUGAUUUGGGUUUUAAUCCACGUGAAAGUCUUCGUGCUUUAGCCUUAAAAAAUGGUGAUAUUAUUGAAGCAGCUUAUAUGCUUUCAAGUCCAACAACAACAACAACAACAAAUGAUGAACAAAAUCGUGAUGAUCAAAUAAAUCAAAAUUCUGAUACAGAUAAUCAUUCACAAUGUACAUCGGAUGUAUCGGCUGCUACAACCACUGAUGUAGCAAUGAUAAAUUCUACAAAUAUUAUAACUUUACAAAAUGAUAUCAAUAAAAAUGAUAAUAGAAGAAAAAAUCCAAAUCGAUCAAGAUCAUCAAAUUUAUUAUUAUCAAUAUUAUCGGUGAUUGAAGUAAAAAUUUCCAAUGGUUCUAUUCGAAUUAUUGAUGAUUGUAAUCAACUUGAUUUACCAUUACUUGAAUUAGGUGUUACCGAUUUUCGUUUAAUGCAAUAUUAUACUAGAUCAAUUGAAGCACAUGCACAAACAAAUUUUUAUUGUGAUUAUUAUAAUUCACAUUUAUCCGGUUGGGAACCAUUUAUUGAAAAUUGUCAGGUUGCAUUUUCCUGGAAACAUCAUGAACCACGUUGUCAUUUAAAAUCAAUGUUAAAUACAGCAGCAAUUGCAUCAACUAAUCGUAUACCUGUUGCACGGCAAAAAUUAGCAAUCAAAAUUGAGAUAAGAAAAAUGUUCAAUAUGAACAUUUCACGUACAUUAUUAGAUUUGAUUGAAAAAGUUCAUCGAGCAUGGCGUCAAGAUAUUGAACAUUUUAUGUCAUUACCAUCGGAUCGUCGUACAUUUCGACAUCGUCAACCAUUCAUACCGUUUGCAUUGAAAAAUGAUACCGGUACUGAUUUACAUAUGUAUUUAUCGAAUUCAAGAAAAAUGUUCUCCACAGAAAAAGCAGCCGAUCUUAUUACACCUUGUGAUCUUAAACCGAUUCUUGAUGUUCAGGCUGAUCAUAUUGUUUAUUUUGAUUGUGUUGAUCUAUUACAAUCAUCAUCAUCAUCAUCGAAACAAAAUUCCAGUCAUAAACAUCGACAGAAUUUAUUACCAACACGAUCAUUAUCAUCAUCAACGGCAACUAUUUCACAAUUGAAAAUCUUUGUAAAAGUUGAUGGUUGGCAGGAAACAUUUCCAUUAUCUAUUGAACGGGAAGGAACAUUCAUACGACAUGUCAUAUCGGAACGAUAUACAAAUCAAUCGGCUAUAUUAGUGUUUGAAAUUCAAUUACAAUCGACAGCAAUUAAAUUGAUUACUGUUCGAUCAUCAUUAUUGAUUACUAAUCGUACAACCAAAAUGGUUGAAUUAAAAUUUGUCAAUACAGCAAUGUCUGAUGUACGUACAUCAUAUAUGAUUGCACCACAUGGAAUAUUUCCUGUUCCAUUAGAUUUGUUAUAUGCAAGAAUUCAAUUAAGACCAUGUGAUCUUGGUAUUGGUACCUGUUCAACAUAUGUAAAUUGGAAUCAUGUACGAAAAUUUGGUGAAUUAGAUUGUUCAUUACAGAUUUGUACACCAAUCACUCAUACACAACAUGGAUCAUAUUCAAAAUCACAAGCAUAUGUUGUAUCCGUAUUAGUUGAACGUAAUUCUAUUGGUGCAUUAAUUGAAUCAAGAAAUAUUUUUCGUCAAUCAAAUCAAUCAUCGAAUGCUAGUAUGAUGAUGAUGCCAAAAAUUUCACCAUUAGUUACAUUACCAUCACAUACAAUAACAUUAUUACCACCAUUACAAUUGGCUAAUCGUCUUCCAUAUGAAUUACGAUUUAAAAUUAUUAAUAAUCCAAAUUCAAAUGGACAAUCAUUAUCUUCAUCAACAUCUAGUCAAUUAUUAUCAUCAUCAACUGGAACAAUAAAAUCUGGUGAUGAUUAUUCUGUACAUUAUAUUUCACCAUUAGAAUCAUUCAGUAUUGAAUUUCAAAUGGAACAUUUUCCUCGAUGUCGACCAUUACAUAUUGAACCGGGUGCUAUAAAAAAUUUCGAAACUCAUAUCGAUAUGUAUGAUGCUCGUAAUCGUUUAUUAAUACUUAAUGCACAUAUAGCCGUACAAACUGGUUGUCCAAAACCAUCGAAUGCAAUGACUAUAACUAUUUAUGCACCAUAUUGGAUUGUUAAUCGUAGUGGUUUACCGCUUGUUUUUGCACAAGAUGGUGGUACAAAUCAAAUUGCUGAGGCUGCCGGUCAAUAUGAAGAACAUGAACGUGCACGAUCAAUAUCACCGUUAUUGUUUAGUUUUGCCGAUCCAGAUUCAUCACAUUAUUGUAUAAUGCGUUUAGGACGAAUGUUACCACAUAUGUCACCACGUUGGUGUAAUCUAUUCUGUCUUGAAAAGGGUACAUUUUAUCGUCGUUUAAGAGUUACUGAAUAUUCACAACAGGAUAGUAUACCACAGGAAAAAAUCUAUGAAUUUGGUAUAGAUAUUCGACAAGGUCGUGAUCGUUAUAAUCAAACAAAAAUCGUUACUAUUGCACCAAGAUUUCAGAUUGAAAAUUUAACAAGUUUUAAAUUAGAAUUUGCACAAAAAUGUUUUGUCCAACCGUCGUCAGAUGUUUCGGGUCAAUCAUUAUAUGGAAAUAAUUUUGAUCAAACAAAUACAUUUUCACCAUCAUUAAUGUCAAGUCCAAUCAAAAGUGGUACAAAUAGUCAUCGAAAUUCUUUUAGUCGUCGUUUAAGUACACAAAGUAAUAAUGAAUCAGUGGAAAAAUCACAGAUAAUUUCAGCAUUACCUAAAUCAAAUAUGCCAUUCCAUUGGCCAGCAACGGAUCGACCAAAAUUAUUAUGCGUACGAAUAGCAUCAUUAAUUGGUUGUUUAUGGUCCGGUUGUUUUGAUGUUGGUUCAGAACCAUCGGUUUCAUUUCAGCUAAAUAUUCGUGAUGAUUCGGGACGAUCAAAUUUUAUACGUGUAGAAAUUUUAUUACAAAAUGCAACAUAUUUUAUUGUAUUUACUGAUGCAAAUAGUUUACCACCACCAAUUCGUGUGGAAAAUUUUUCACAAGUGGCUAUAGAAUUUUAUCAAAUUGGUUGUUCAUAUCAUCGUACAAUUGUACGGCCAAAUUCAUCCGUACCAUAUGCAUUGGAUGAACCAACACAGCCACCACAUUUAACUGUUUGUGCACCGGGUGGUUCAUCAUCAACAUAUGAUCUUAAUUCAUUUGCACCGGGCAAUACAUUAACCUAUGAUAAUUUCUAUUAUUUAGCAUUUGAAGAAACAUUUACAUCAGCAACAACAAAUGUUGGUGUACCAUUUACUGGUUAUUAUAUGGAUGAUGAUACUGAACAAUUAAUGUAUAUGAUGAUGGCUGGACCGGAUUUAUCAUUUGUUGAACAUGAUGUUGGUUCAAAAAUGCUUGUGUUAGAUGUACCUGAUUAUGAUCUAUCAAAUUGUCCAAUACCGGAUACAUAUCAAAUUGGUAUUGAAAAUGAUCGACCAAAACCAGUGUUUCUUGGCCGAAAAGAACGAGCUAAACGAAGUCAAUUAUGGCGUCUAGAUCAACUUAAUCAUUUGAUUCAUGAAGGAUCAUCACCACCAUCCGAACCACCAGGAUUUCAAGAUUUAGGUUUUGCUGAAGUAAAAUUUCCAACAACAAUUUCUUCAUCAACAUUAAUGGUUUUAGAUGUAAUGGAUGAUGAAAUUGAUAAUCUAAUAUCGAAUGCAGCUUUUAUUUCGAUACCAUUAGCUGUUCGUAAAUUAAAUCCACAACGUUCAUCAACACAAACAUGGCAUUUUACUGAAGAUGGUCGUUUACGAUGUUUAAAAUAUUGGAAUAUGUUUGUUCAACCUGUUGUUACAAAUACAUCGACCAUAUUAAACGAUAUAUUUCAAACCGGUACAAUGGCUGUAAUAGCAUUAGGGCCAACUGAAUCAAUGAUUAAAACUGUUAUUCCACGACAACAAGCAAUGAUUAAACAAAAAAUGCGAAAAGGAUCUGGUGUUUUGAAUGUAUCGAUAUUGGCCGAUGGUCCUAGUCGAGUAUUACGUAUUAAAGAUAAUCAAUUGACAGCAAAUGGUCGACAAUUAAAUUUAGUACCAUUUAAUCGUUCAGAUAAUUCAAAUAAUAGUAAUGGUGGUGGUGGUGGUGGUACAUUUGGUACAGCACAACUUAAUGAAUUAUUAACAAAUACAAUGGCCGAACAAAGUUUUCUAAUACGUUUGCUGAAUAAAACUGAAUUAGAAUUACAGUUACAGAUUGAUUCGGUUGGCAUAUCGAUUAUAUCAAAAAUGAAUGAAGAAAUUAUAUUUUUAUUUAUGAAAAAAAUUAUAUUAGAAUUACUAUGUAAUCCGGCUGAAUGUCGUUUAAAUUGUGUUGUCGAAGAUUUUCAGGUCGACAAUCAACUAUUUGAUUCGGAAAAAGAAGUUGUAUUAUAUGUGACAAAUCUGGAUAAUCAACAACAACAACAACAGCAAUCAGAUCAGGAACAACAACAAUCAUCACGUUCAAUAUCGAUUACAACGACAGCAGGACAACAACGUAACAACAAUAUAGCUGAACGUCCAGCAAUAACAUUUAAUUUACAUAAAUUAUUUAUACCGAAUGUUGAGAUUAAUGUUUUUAAGAGUCUACAGAUUAGCAUAAAUGAUUUGGUGUUGAAUAUUGAAGAAUUAGUUUUAUUAAAAUUAUUGGAAUUCAUUCAAUAUGAUCCAGUUGAUUCGGAAAUGGAUGAAAUUAGUUCAUCAACAUCGAUUAUAAAUAAUGGAUCGGCAGCUGCAAUUGCUGCUGCUGCUACUGCUCAUUCAACAGCAACAAAUCCAUCAUUAUUAUAUCAUACAUCUGGAAAUGUUGUAUCCAGUUCAUUAUCACGUUCGGCACAAUAUUUUUUUGCCUUUUUAUUGAUACAACUUCGUCGUGUAAAACUAUCGGUAUUUACAUCAACAUCUACUAUUGGUCAUUGUCUUAAUGAAUUGAAAAAGAAAGCUGGCAUAAAAUUGAUACGAUUCGAAGAAGCAUUAAUACAAUUGAAACCAUUUCAUAAAGUUUAUAGUUUAAUGACUAGACGUUUUUUACAGGAUUCAAUACAUGAACAUUAUCGAAGUGAAUUACGAAGUCAAGCAGCAAAAAUUCUUGGAACAGUAGAUUUUCUGGGCAAUCCUGUUGGUUUUAUCAAUAAUGUUAUUGAAGGUUUAAAUGAAUUCUAUUCGGAUGGUAGUAUUCGUGGAUUGAUUAUGAAUGUUACGCAUGGAAUAUCGGAUUCAACGGCUAAAGUUACAUCGGUUUUAUCCGAAUCAUUGGGAUUUGUUACGAUGGAUGAUCGACAUCAAGAAAUUCGUAGAAAAAUUAAACAACAAACCGGUGGUAUUGGUGGUCAACGAUCACAUUUAGUUGUCGGUGCAUUCGGUUUAGCACAUGGUAUUCUAGGUGGUAUUACAUCGGUAAUAACACAAACCUAUGAUGGUAUCGUUAAUCAUGGAGGUGUAACUGGUUUUUUAUCCGGUUUAAGUAAAGGUGUUCUUGGUACAUUUACUAAACCAGCUGUUGGAAUGUUAGAUUUUGCUUCGGGUGCUGCUACAGCUGUACGUGAUUCAAGUCGUAAAGCAUGUUUCGGUAUAAAUGGUAGACAAGUAAGACGUGUACGUUUACCACGUACAUUAACUAUUGAUGGUCGAUUAACAAGAUAUCAAUCACAACAAUCACAAUGGCAAUCAAGAUUUUAUAAUACAACUGAUUUUGGUACACAACGUGAAUAUGGUGAACAAUUUGUACAUGUAUUUCCAUUAUCGGAUCGUCAUUUUGUUUUAUUAACAACUGAACGGCUUUAUUUUUUUCAUGCACCAAUACGUAAAUGUCAAUUACCAUCAGAAGAAGUAUGGGAUGAUGGUAAUGAUGAUGGUGAAUUUCGUAAUCAACAAGAUUUAAUUUUAAUGAAUUGUCCAAUACAACAGCUACAAAUAUUACCAUUAGAUUCAUUUUAUGAAUGUAAUCAUCAUCGUAUGAUGUUACAUGAUGGUGAAUUUUUUCUUAAAACACAGUCUUGUUGUACAGAUUUAACAUCGAUGAUUGGAACACAAUUAGAAUUGGAUCAUUUAAAUGAAUCAUUAUCAUCAUCAUCAUCAACAACAACCACAACAACAAAAACGGCAAUCAUUUGUCAUUUUAUUGAAUUUCGUCAAACACCAACAAAAUCAAUGUCGAAUCGUAUGUCACCUGUACAUGGUAUUCCACAACAACAACAAUCAACAUCACAAUCUUCUUCUGUACGACGAAAUUCUAAUCAAGAAGAUUAUUAUUUUCAUAAAAGACAAAAUUUUGAAUAUCCAUCACAUAUAAAUCCAUGCUAUGUUUAUUGUGAUUCACCACAAAUGUUACAACGUAUUAUACAACUUGUUGAUGAAGCUAAACAUUUACAAGAGGAACGAAAAUUUGAAGUAUCAAAUCUUCGGAUCUAGAUUUCAAAGAAAGAGAAGAUGAAUUUUUUUCCCUUAAUUAACAAUUUAUGUUUAAAUCUGAAAAAAUUUAUUUUUAUUUUUUUUUUGUUCCUCACUUACCAAUUAUUAGUUAUUUCUUGCUUUUGUUUGUUUGUUUGUUAAUUUCAUGUUUUAGAGAGAAUAUAUGGAACCAUAUCAUUUCAUUUUUUGUUGUUGUUAAUGGUUUGAUGUCUUCAAUCAUUAUCAUUAUUGUUUCAUUAA